UUGUUGUUGUUUGAAUGUCUCUUCUCUAAGCAAACAACAGUGACACCACCCCGAGGCGUCUGCCCAAAACCAUGGGGAGGCGCUGUUUCAAAUGUGGGCCUGGCCCAGCAACUUGGGGCGCCAGGGACCGCUGUCCAUUCUUUAGUAAGGAGCGAGUUAACUGCAUAACCCAGAUAUGCCGCUGAUAAACGAGGGCUUUCCCAAAAAUAGAUGCUGGUUAUGUUAGGACGAGGGUGACACUGGGGCUGCAGAGGAACAUCUGAAGAAAGGUGGUGCUCAUCAUGCUUUCCAGAUGUUUACAUUCUUCUGGGAAAGUGCUGCUGUCUCUGUCCCCGCCAGCUUUCCCCAUGGCUGCUAAAGCAUGUGUUUGACAGAGCUGGUGAAGUGCUCUCACGCAGGGGUGAGAAGUUUCGUUUCAUGUUCGUUUGUACUGGAGGAGAGGUUAAGUCGUCAUUUUGCCUGGCAGCAGACCACGAUUCUUUGCUCUCACGCUCCUUCACUGGAACGGGAAGCCUUUUUUGGACAUGUGUUUUCAUCACAUCAAGAGCAAUACCUCAUUUUAAGCCUGAAUAGUGAUUUCAGGAGUCAGGAUGUGGCUGUUUGUCUGGUGUUUCAGUCCUUUCAUCAGAAAUUCUCCUUGGGAUGGACAUGGCUUGUGGCUGGAAACUUACAGCUGUCUUGUUCUGUAAUCACCCUGUUUAUAAAGGUUAUUGUGUUAUGUCUCUGUCUGGAAUGGUUGCUCCAAUUUGUGGUCUUCCUUUCUGGAAGAGUUAACCCUUCAUGUGGUCUUCCUGUCUGGAAAGGUCACUCCAGUGUGCAGUUUUCCUGUCUGGAAGGGUUAGGGAUAGGGUUUAUGAGUGAUUUUCUACCUAUGAUUCACCUAUGAUUGGAAGACCAGCUGUGCAAGAAUGGCUUGGAGUCUCGAUGCAGGCCGUCUAAGCUGCCCGAAGAUUCAGUAAGUGAUGAUAUUAAAGUGAAAUUGCCACUGGAGAUUUUGUGGAGACCAUCAGUAGUACCUGGAGGUUACUUGAUGAACUGGUCAUGUCGCCUGCAUGAUUAAAGACCAUGGACAUUGCAGAUGGAGCUGAAUACCCUCUCAGUGUUUAUGUGGUAGUGAGGCCUCUGAGUUUUUUAAUUGGCCUGUGCCUCUUCGAAGCCGCCUCCCCUUUCUCUUGGCCAGGUGUCUGAAGUACAUGAGCCACUCUGAGCUGCAGCAUGUUCAGGCGGGAUGAUAUGCAUCAGUCCCCCUCAUGUCUGUACCCUUCAGGAACCUUAAGAACAGGCGGACUAUUGUUCUGGAGAGCUGGCUGGCCUUUCACCUCCUUCACACUUCCCUCAUACCUCCUGUGACAGAACGUUUCGCUCAAAUACAGGGUCUGGUAGGCUGGAGCUGAACUGCAGUUUGUUCAGAUCAUCCUCAUCAUGGUGGUAAUGGCUGUCAUGGUGGUGCUGAUCAUCUGUUUGCUGAACCACUACAAGUUCUCCGGCUGCUCCGGCGUGACGCGGCAGAGCCAGGGCAGCAGGCAGGAGGAGAUGCUACAGCAGGGACCAUCUGCAUGGCCACAGGAUAGCACAGCACCAACACAAGGAGCUUCUGAGGCAGCUUACGCACAGCGUGAGAGGCUCACGGCUCCCGCCUUCAUGCAGCGGGACCGGUUCUGCCGCUUCCAGCCCACCUACCCCCCCCAGCAGCACCAGAUCGACCUGCCGCCCACCAUCUGCCUGUCGGAUGGGGAGGAGCCCCCUCCCUACCAGGGCCCCUGUACGCUGCAGCUGCGGGACCCUGACCAGCAGAUGGAGCUCAGCAGGGAAUCGGUGCGUGCCCCACCCAACCGCACCGUCUUCGACAGCGACCUGAUCGCCGUGCUCCCGCCCAGCAGCAACUCAGGCAUCAGCGCCUCCCGCUCUGCCAGCCACGGGCACAUGGAGGGGCCCCCGCCCACAUACAGUGAGGUCAUGUGCAAACAUCCAGGCUCUUCUUUUUUUCCUCACCAGCACGGCGAUACCCCUCCCAUCCAGCAGGGGGCAGCUGCUCAAACACUCCAGCACAGCAGCAGUGAAAGCACAACAGUACCCAUUAAGACCAGGGACAGUCAGAGGGACAAACAGGUGUGAGGAUAGGGGUGGGGCUGUGUUUUCUGCCCUGCCCCAAACACUGAAGGGGUGUGGUGUUCUGUGUUAGGCUCCAUCACCCAGCCGAACAUCCACCCUCAUUGUAACAGCAAUGAAAGAUAUUUGAUAUUUGACCCAAAGCAACCUGGAUAACGGUUAGCAGAGCUGCCUAGUUUGUUUUCCAUGUGGACUGUGCUUCUUGAGGGAUUUUCAUUAAUUAAAAAAAAACAUGUAUUUUAUGAGGAUUUGUGCACAAAAAAACAAUCAAAAUUAACAUCUUUGUGCCAAGAACUGUGUGGGACUUGGGGGAUUUUACUUGACAGAAGUCUGGUCGUUUGCACUACUCGCCGUUCAAAGGGAUGGAGGGAGAUGUCAUUUUAUUUGUGUGUUUUACUCCUUGGCUCAAGGAGAGCUUCAGCCAGCCGUUCCUCCCCGUCAGAAUGAUGCCGGAAUAUUCUAUGUACAUUUUUACCUUUUAUUGCACUUAAAGGCAUGUAAAAAUGUCUCCGUGAGGUGUAGCGUGGACCUCGGGCCUCCGAAUGGACGUGUCUCCCCAGGACGUGGAGCUGGUGAGCGUACGAGUCACACUCCUCCUCGGUGCUCUGCUCCCUUGCCCUCCCCCACUGCCUGCUUUCAGCUUCUUAUCUACGUGUACCUUUGCAGAUCCAUUCGUGAACGAGGGUAGGUAUGGUCAUCUGGUUUUCUGAAGCUGAGCGACGUGAGGAUCUCCUGUGUGUCGUUGAAGGGCUGCCCGUGUAGAGCUCGACCUUGAGAAGCCGCCAGCACGUUCCUCCCUGUCCCUCUACUAUCCAAACAUCCCCGUUUCCAUCCAGAUGGUCCAUUCCACACAGUCAAAGUGCUUAUAGACCCAAUGAAAGGAAGCCCAGGCCCUUUGGUUUGGUACUCAGGACAUAGCUGGUGGGGGGCUUUUCUUUGGAGAUCUUCCAGAGCGGUGAGGAGGGAAGGGGGAGCUCCCCAUGUCCCUGGGGCGUCCUCCCCACUGCAGUGAAAGCUUUACCUUCUUAGAAGGACUGAGGAGUGUCUUGGGUUGGUUGGGAUCAGAGAAUUUGCAUAUCUUAUUGCUUGCCAUUAAUUUCUGCCGUAUAUAUAAUGUUUUUUUUUUUAAUUUUGAGAUGUGGCUCAUGACUUUAUUGAAAUGAUGCAAAUACUGGACAGGCUACCAAAGUAACGAUGUAGGUCAGGGGGAGACCUCUGGGUGGGGUGCUGGGGGUCGAACCCCCCCCCCAGCUUAGUUGCUCCAGAGAGUAAUGCUAACAUGCACCUAUGCACCAUCGCUAACAGAUCAGCCAACUGACCUGCUUCAUUCACUGAUAAAACAUGUCACUGCAGUCUGACCCCCCCCCCCCCCCGCAUCGUCUAAACUCCACCCACUGGGGUUUGUGCAUCGGGGCAACAAAUGUCAUGGUAACUUCCUGUCGAUUGUGCUGUACGCCGGGAAAAAAAGCACUUAACCAGUUUAAUAAGGUAAUUAUUGUGAUUAAUAUAAUAAUGGAAUUAGAUCCGGUUCUGGGCUCCAUUCCCAGCUUCGUUAGAGGUGGGCGGGGGUGGGAAUCUCCUCCAGAAGUGACUCGAUUAUGCCUCCAUCUGUGGACAAUCAUGGCAAAUCUAUGUUUAUAAAUGCAGCUUUGGUCGCCAUGUUGGCUUGGGAACAGUGUGGGUGGCAGAGAGGGUUAUGUUCUGUAAAGGCCGUGGGGGAGGAGACAGGGGAAAACGUUUGGGGGGGGGGGGGGCGGUAAGGUUAGUGUGUGCACCCCCAAUAUUUAACUCUGCUUAAUUUGUCUCCCCCUAAUACACAGAUAUUUACAUUUGAAUUAUGAAACUGCCCCUCAAAUAUCUAAUUCUCUCGUCACAUUUGGGUGGAGGCUCUUGCCGUCUCUUGUGAUGUCCCCUCUAAACUCCACCCCCCCCUCGGCCGAUGGUGCAUGUGUAUGUGACACAAACACAGCGCCCACAUGCUGGACCCCCCCCCCGGUGCAUCAGAGGAUUAAGUGUUUCCACAGUGUAGAUGUAUGUACCCCCCAGUCAUCUGCCACACGCUUGUUUAUAAGGUGCUGAAUAUAAGAAUUUGAUGCACAUACCCUACCCAAUGGGUAGAUCCUCCAGAAAACAUUGUGAAUAAUGUAAUAUACUGUACAGAUAUUAAAAUGAACUGGGCAGGUGUGUUUUUGUAAACAGAACAGUGAGACGCUUUAAUACUGGUUAUAGAACAAAUACAGUGAACUGCCUGUUUUAUUUUCCUAUGAAAAAUAUAAGUAAUGUAUGGAUGAAACAGGAUGCCAUCAUCUCGGCCCCAAAUAAGACGUCACAACUCACCUUUCCCCCCGCAACAGAUAGUAGGUCACCGCCACCUCCACAGUCACCCUGGUACCAUGAAAGGAAGAGAUACGUGGAACCAUGCAUCUCAGGAUCUGUCGCGUUCCCCGGACAUGCGCUCGCUCCACACCAGUGGCAGGAACCUCCACUGGAUCGAGCCUGGAUCAGCAGAAAGCAUGACCCCCCCAGGAAGUCCACGAAAGACAUGCAGAACUAAUAAUCAGCUGCUGGAUAUUUGUUUGCUUUAUUUAAAAUAAUAAUGCACAUGAAAUGUGUGUAAUUUUUGCCUCUUAACAUUGGAGCCAUAUGAUGUCAUAGGUCUGUCACAGGAAGGAUGGCAGGUGUUUAGUCGCGGUUGCCGAAAGCUGUAAUGGUUGGACAUACAGACUUUAUGCUUGUACUUGCGCCGCAGUUUCACCACAGCAUCAUUAAAACCCUUUAAAAACAAAA